UUAACAACAGUAACGUCACACGGACUACAGGGGAGUUUUGUUGAAGUUGCAAAGUCCUGCAGCCUCCAGAGGGCUGUCGGCGCAGUAGCAGAGAGCUACAGACUCCGCGCGCUCCGGAGACCGGCAGUACAGCGCGAGCCAGCGCGAGGCAGCAGCAGCCACCGGAGCCCAACCGAGACCACAGCUCUCCCCAGGCGGCCGCGCCAUGGAACACCAGCUCCUGUGCUGCGAAGUGGAGACCAUCCGCCGCGCGUACCCUGACACCAAUCUCCUCAACGACCGGGUGCUGCGAGCCAUGCUCAAGACGGAGGAGACCUGUGCGCCCUCCGUAUCUUACUUCAAGUGCGUGCAGAAGGAGAUUGUGCCAUCCAUGCGGAAAAUCGUGGCCACCUGGAUGCUGGAGGUCUGCGAGGAGCAGAAGUGCGAAGAGGAGGUCUUCCCGCUGGCCAUGAACUACCUGGACCGCUUCCUGUCCCUGGAACCCCUGAAGAAGAGCCGCCUGCAGCUGCUGGGGGCCACUUGCAUGUUCGUGGCCUCUAAGAUGAAGGAGACCAUUCCCCUGACUGCCGAGAAAUUGUGCAUCUACACUGACAACUCUAUCCGGCCCGAGGAGCUGCUGCAAAUGGAACUGCUUCUGGUGAACAAGCUCAAGUGGAACCUGGCUGCCAUGACUCCCCACGACUUCAUCGAACACUUCCUCUCCAAAAUGCCAGAGGCGGAUGAGAACAAGCAGACCAUCCGCAAGCAUGCACAGACCUUUGUGGCCCUCUGUGCCACAGAUGUGAAGUUCAUUUCCAACCCGCCCUCCAUGGUAGCUGCUGGGAGCGUGGUGGCUGCCAUGCAAGGCCUGAACCUGGGCAGCCCCAACAGCUUCCUCUCCUGCUACCGCACAACGCACUUUCUUUCCAGAGUCAUCAAGUGUGACCCGGACUGCCUCCGUGCCUGCCAGGAACAGAUUGAAGCCCUUCUGGAGUCAAGCCUGCGCCAGGCCCAGCAGAACGUCAACCCCAAGGCCACGGAGGAGGAGGGGGAAGCGGAGGAAGAGGCUGGUCUGGCCUGCACACCCACCGACGUGCGAGAUGUGGACAUCUGAGGACCACCGGGCAGGCGGGAGCCACCAAGUAGUGGCACCCGCGAAGAGGAAGGAGCCAGCCCGGGUGCUCCUGACGACAUCCCCCUUGGGGACAUGUUGUUUCCAGAAGAGGAAGUUUUGUUCUCUUUGUUGGUUGUUUUUCCUUAAUCUUUCUCCUUUCUAUCUGAUUUAAGCAAAAGAGAAAAAAAUACCUGAAAGCUGUCUUAAAGAGAGAGAGAGAGAGAGUCUGCGUCACCCUGAGAGUAGGGAGGCGGGGUGCUACAAAAAUAGAAUUCUGUACCCCAGUAAUCACUAGUUUUCUAUUAAUGUGCUUGUCUGUUCUAAGAAUAGGAUUAACACAUGGGAAGUCUUGAGAAGGAGUUUUGAUUCUUUUAUGUGUUUUAAAAAAAAAAAAAAAAGCUUAAGAAACAUUGCUUUAAAAAGGAAGGAAAAAAAAAA